GAAUCGUUUAGGCAGGACUCACUAGCCUGUGCUAGUUUGUUACUUUGGUCCUACUAAAUAGUUUCCAUAUAUCAUUUUUUUGUCCCGUGUGGAUGCUAUUUUCAGUUUAUAUAUUUUUGUUGCCUCUGACAGACUCAUGGACGACUCCCGAACAGCAUCAUGCAAGUCCUGUAUCAAGGUUUACCUGUGUUCUAAUCCAGAAGACUCUGUUGUGGAACGCAGGGCUCUGAGAGAAAGUGUGUUUCCCAGGCUGAGGGAGCACUGCAGACACACACACGGACUGGACUUCAAGGUGAUAGACCCUUAUGAGGCAAGUGAUCCCAGAACCGGGCCAGACCAACAGACUAGACAAAAGCUACUACAGGCGUGUAGAGAAAGCUCUGACGGACCCUACCUAGUGGCUCUGGUGGGGGCACAGUAUGGUGCUGUGUGUUUACCUGCCCAGGUGGAGGUGGCAGAGUUCCACAUGCUGCUCCAGGAGUGCCAGCGAGCGGGCAUCAGUACCCGCGCUCUAGAGAAGGCAUACCUGAGAGACGAGAAUACAAUACCCCCAUCCUUCUGUCUGCAACGACAGACACACAUUCACACACAGCUGCACCCCGACAAACAGACAGAUGAAAAGACAGGAGAAAUGGGUGUUGAAGAGGAGGAGGAGAUGAGGAAGGUCUUGCAGGCUGCUGUGAGUCAGUGUGUUCAGGAGGGUCUCCUAACAACCCUAGGCUACUACAGGUCAGCUCUCGACACAGACCUGCGAUUCGCUCUGGAGAAUUGUCCUAGACGUGACAUCAAACGCUGCCUGGUCUAUGUCAACAAGAUCUCCAAUGGUCGGGGCCAGAGUGAGGGGGCAGACCAACCCCCUAAAGAGCCGCUCCUACACCCCUAUCCUCCACUCAAGGCUCUGUCCGAUGACAGCCUCCUGUCCCAGCUCUGUGACCACUUCCUGCCCAGCCUGGUGACUUCCUGUCAGCUCCUGGUGUACACCACAACUUCGGAAUGCGACCCUCGUCAUGGUUACACCCCCGCCAGGAGGAGGAGCUAUGCGGAGGGUCUCUGCCAGCAGCUUUACUCCGACCUCCUGGCUCUGAUUGACAGCUCUGUCACCAUGGGAAUGGGCAAGUCAGUAUCGUCAGCUCAUUCUGAUGAUGUGUUGACCAGAGAGCAGGCUGAGCAGGAGGAGCUGUGUUCUCUCUAUUCCCGUCUCUAUGACAACAAUCGGCCAGAGGAAGAGGAAGUCAGGUCUUACCUGGAGCAGAGGGACACACAACACCCGCUAGUGGUGGUAGGAGGGCCGUGCACAGGGAAAACUGUGCUGCUGGCACAUUGUGCACAGCAGGUGAGGUCAUGGCUGAGCGACAUGGAUCCCGUGGUGAUUAUCCAGUUCACCUGCCUGUCAGUCAAUCUCUCACCUAGACACCUUCUCUCCAGCCUGUGCCACCAGAUAGCCCACAGAUACAACCAUAACCCUGAGCCCAGUAGCAGAGAUCCUAACCCUACCCUCCCCCAGCUCAGACAUAACCUUUCCUCCCUUCUCUCCAUCUGCCCCUCCCCUAAACAGCCCCUGGUCCUCAUCCUUGACGGCCUAGACCAAGCUUUGACCGUCUCCGGACCCCAAACCAUCAAGUGUCUCCCUUCCCCCCUCCCUCCCAACAUCAAACUCAUCUUCUCCAUCUCCCCCACCCGAACCAAUACCCUCCACACCCUUCAACUCCAUUUCCCACAAUCCUCCUCUGCAGUGUUUGGUGUCUCAGGGUGCUGUGUGAGUGUGGAGCUGGGGCCGGUGGAGGGGAGGGGGUGUGUGAGGAUGUUGGCGGUCCUCCUGGAGGGGUCAGGAAGGAGAGUGACGUCAGGACAGCAGGGGGUCAUGAACAUGGCCCUGAUCUCUUGCCCUCUGCCCCUGUACGCUCGCCUCCUGCACAGACACGCCUCGCUGUGGACCUCAGCAUCAGAGGUGACUGAUGAGACCCUUCCUGUGGGUGUCCACUCCAGCAUCACAGUGUUUCUGGUUCACCUAGAGGAGAAACAUGGGUUGGUUCUGGUGUCCCGAGCCCUGAGCUACCUGACCCUCUCCAGGACCGGACUCACAGAGGCUGAGCUCUCUGACCUCCUGUCCAGUGAUGACGAGGUGCUGGCUGGGUACGUCUCGGCCAGUGAGCCCCCUCCCUCCAAGGUUAGGGUACCUGAGGUGGAAGUGGAGAGGCUGUUGUUGGAUCUAAAGGGGUUUCUGGUGAAGAGGAGUGCUGCAGGGUCUCAUGUUCUAUUCUGGGUCAGUAGACAUUUUGGGUUGGUGGUGUGUGAGAGGUACCUGAGUUCCUGGGAGAUGAGGGAGGAGAUGCACACAGCGAUGGCCGACUAUUUUAAUGGUCGCUGGGCCUACGGUAGAGCCAAACCACUGGUCAUCAGCCAGAACACAGGACUCAACCAGCCUGGGGCUGUCCCUGACACUGCCCAAAUGAAAAAAUACAUUGACAGGCAACCUCUUGGUCAACCCUAUGUGUUUAACUCUAAACCCUCCUCAUCCUCCCCCUCUUCUGAGCAUGUGCGAGUCAACCUGCGCAAGCUUCUGGAACUGCCCUAUCACCUGAAGGAGAGCGGCAGGAUGGAGGAACUAGGGCGAGGUCUGAUGAUGUCACUGGAGUUCCAUCAGGCCAUGCUGAGGGCGGGGCUUCUAGGGGAUCUGGUAACCCUGCUGGAGGAUUGGGAAAGGGAGGGGGCGUCCCAGCUCAUCUUCCCCAGGGAGAGAGCUCUUCUGGCGGGCAUUCUGAGGGACUCAGCCUGUCUCCUCUGGAACUCCCCUAUGGAGCUGUCCAUGGUGAUGAAGGUCAGGCUGCUUCCUUUCCUGGGGCUCUGUCCUGAGCUGGAAGGCUAUGCUGAGGAGGUGACACAGGGGAUCAAGAAGAGGGGAAGUGGGUUAGGAGUGGUGCUCAGUCCUGCCCCCUCUACUGUACCCUCCACACAGGGUUUUUUCCCAGAGGCCAGACAGUGUCCUGUUACAGAUGCAGCGGGGACAGUGUCUGGGACUGUGGUUGUCAUACAGAGUGAUGGGUCUGCUUUGGUGUGGAGGGGUAGGGAGGCAGAGGAACUGAAGCUGAGCUGUGAACCUGCGCUGAGGUUUGUAAGUGUCCGGAGUAGUGGGACGUUCAUCCUCCUCUCAACUCAGUGCAACACACUGCUCCUGUGGGAUGUGAGUGGGACAACGUGUUUUCAGGAUGUACUGAGUCUAGAAAGACAGGAGUCCAACUCAGACCAACACUCCAGUACCAUAGUUGAAGGGUUUCUCAUGUGUGAUGACAGGAUGUGUGUGUGGUGGAAAGGUCUGAGCUACGUGAGUCUUUCUGAAGUUUGCACCAGCCGCCUCCUCACCCGUUUGCAGUGCCAGAACACUGUGAGGAGUGUGUCUUUUCCCUCUAGUGGUCAGUUUGUGUACUGUGGCCAGGAGAAAGGCACAGUGUCUAUAUUUGACACAUCUACAAGCACUCUCACUGCUAUCUGUUCCAGUCCAGCAGAGUCAUCAGUUAUCUCUGUGAUACUCAGUGAGGAUGAGAGGGAGAUGGCGUGUGUGGACAGCAAGGGGCACAUAUUGUUAUGGGGCGUAGCCACCAAAACAGAUCCCAAACUCCUAAAAGAGUGUUGUAGUGGCAGCAGCCAUUUUGAGUUCAUCAAUACAGACCUAUCAGAAGAGAGUAGUAUUCUGUUGGUGUGUAAAACCCAGGAGAUUGUUCUCUGGGACAUGUGUGACUGGGAGCAGUGGGACCACUUCAGAGCUCCACAGGGGAAGGCCUUCUCUCAGGCGUUGUUAGCCCAGGACGGACACCUCAUCCUGGCUUCGCUAGAGGCCUGUCCCUCUGUGCUGGUGUGGAGGAUGACCACUGGUCAGUGUGUCCUCUCCUUAGACACUGGCAGUCCUUCCCAACCCCUCUCACUGCUCAAGAUGGAGUCUGUCCUCUCCGUGGUCACACAAAAUGGCCACCUCACUACGUGGGACUCAGAUGUAAUAUGUGCUGCAGCUAUGGUCCCUAGAACAGGGGCUGGGGUGAGGAAGGUGGUGCUGGAGCCAAUGGGAGAGCGGUUCUAUGUGAUUGACGGCUCAGAGAUGUUGUGGAGGUGGAGAUUACAGACAGGAAGUCCGGAGACUCACUUCCUUCACGACGGCCCCGUGGAGAAGCUGUGUCUCUCUCCAGACGGCAGCCAUCUUGUGAGCCUCUCAGGGGAGGACGUUUACGUGUGGCGGAGCGACACGGGACAGAACCUCCACCGUAUCCAUGGCAGCAGAGCUACAGAGGUUCUGAUCACCUCUAACGGUCACAUCGGGGUGUGUGUGUCGCAGCACAGCCUGUCCAGGGUGUGGAAGCUGGCCAGUGGGGCCGUGGUCUGUAACAUUCACCUGUACUUGGCUGAUGCCCAGGUCUCACCUGAGAGCACCUUCCUGUUAGGCCGUUGUCAUGGCGACCUGCUCGCCGUCAGCCUGUGGUCUGGCACCGUCAGUAAGCGCUUCUCGUGCUCAGAACGCUAUGAACGUUCUACGGUCGUGGCCUUCCGGACCCUGCCGGAACACCCAGACUUUGUGAUUGUGAUGGCAGCCUCUGGGUCUGUUUACACAUGGAAGAUGACAGAGGAGACGGUAUGCCGUCAGUUUCUGCUCCCCCAGAUGUUCCUGUGCCAGCCACAGGUCUUCCACAUGUCCUCUGAUGGGAGCUUCGCUCUGCUGUCCACUGAUGAUGACCUCAUUACCCUGCUGGACCUGCCCCAUGCCAGGCUGUGUAGGGUCAAGGCCCAGGGUCCAGUUCUCAAAGUUUGCUUGGACGACUCUGGACGCUACGCUGUCUACAUCUGCCACCCCCCUGCCCAGGAUAAUGGCUGUGCCUGUGACCUGCACACUAAGCCAUUGCUGGCAGUGGUACGGCUGGCUGAUGGGGGGAAACUGGGGAGGUUGUGUCUGUGUAAGACCCCCACAGCUCUGGCUGUGAGUGAGGAGCUGUGUGUGUAUGUGGGCUUCCAGGAUGGGUCUGUGGGUGUGUACUCCAUCUCUGACAUCACAGGGAGGGGAGGGGCUGUCAGGGAAAGGAUACAAGGGAUUGGUCGGGAGAGGCCAUGCCAGUGUGACAGUGAGCCAGUGCGAUGGUUGCCCCUAGCAACACCCAGCAUCACAUGGCCCAAAUCUUCUGCAGAGAUGACAUAACAGAUGUAGGCCUGAGUCUUCUUCAGAGAUGACAUAACAGAUGUAGGCCUGAGUCUUCUUCAGAGAUGACAUAACAGAUGUAGGCCUGAGUCUUCUUCAGAGAUGACAUAACAGAUGUAGGCCUGAGUCUUCUUCAGAGAUGACAUAACAGAUGUAUGCCUGAGUCUUCUUCAGAGAUGACAUAACAGAUGUAGGCCUGAGUCUUCUUCAGAGAUGACAUAACAGAUGUAGGCCUGAGUCUUCUUCAGAGAUGACAUAACAGAUGUAGGCCUGAGUCUUCUUCAGAGAUGACAUAACAGAUGUAGGCCUGAGUCUUCUUCAGAGAUGACAUAACAGAUGUAGGCCUGAGUCUUCUUCAGAGAUGACAUAACAGAUGUAUGCCUGAGUCUUCUUCAGAGAUGACAUAACAGAUGUAGGCCUGAGUCUUCUUCAGAGAUGACAUAACAGAUGUAGGCCUGAGUCUUCUUCAGAGAUGACAUAACAGAUGUAUGCCUGAGUCUUCCUCAGAGAUGACAUAACAGAUGUAUGCCUGAGUCUUCUUCAGAGAUGACAUAACAGAUGUAGGCCUGAGUCUUCUUCAGAGAUGACAUAACAGAUGUAGGCCUGAGUCUUCUUCAGAGAUGACAUAACAGAUGUAGGCCUGAGUCUUCUUCAGAGAUGACAUAACAGAUGUAGGCCUGAGUCUUCUUCAGAGAUGACAUAACAGAUGUAGGCCUGAGUCUUCUUCAGAGAUGACAUAACAGAUGUAGGCCUGAGUCUUCUUCAGAGAUGACAUAACAGAUGUAUGCCUGAGUCUUCUUCAGAGAUGACAUAACAGAUGUAGGCCUGAGUCUUCUUCAGAGAUGACAUAACAGAUGUAUGCCUGAGUCUUCUUCAGAGAUGACAUAACAGAUGUAGGCCUGAGUCUUCUUCAGAGUUGACAUAACAGAUGUAUGCCUGAGUCUUCUUCAGAGAUGACAUAACAGAUGUAGGCCUGAGUCUUCUUCAGAGAUGACAUAACAGAUGUAGGCCUGAGUCUUCUUCAGAGAUGACAUAACAGAUGUAGGCCUGAGUCUUCUUCAGAGAUGACAUAACAGAUGUAGGCCUGAGUCUUCUUCAGAGAUGACAUAACAGAUGUAUGCCUGAGUCUUCUUCAGAGAUGACAUAACAGAUGUAGGCCUGAGUCUUCUUCAGAGAUGACAUAACAGAUGUAGGCCUGAGUCUUCUUCAGAGAUGACAUAACAGAUGUAGGCCUGAAUCUUCUUCAGAGAUGACAUAACAGAUGUAGGCCUGAGUCUUCUUCAGAGAUGACAUAACAGAUGUAGGCCUGAGUCUUCUUCAGAGAUGACAUAACAGAUGUAGGCCUGAGUCUUCUUCAGAGAUGACAUAACAGAUGUAGGCCUGAGUCUUCUUCAGAGAUGACAUAACAGAUGUAUGCCUGAGUCUUCUUCAGAGAUGACAUAACAGAUGUAGGCCUGAGUCUUCUUCAGAGAUGACAUAACAGAUGUAGGCCUGAGUCUUCUUCAGAGAUGACAUAACAGAUGUAGGCCUGAGUCUUCUUCAGAGAUGACAUAACAGAUGUAUGCCCAACUUGUGUCUUGUUGGCCAGUUUCCUUCUUUAUUCAUUUUAAAAAAAUGUGUCCAUUGUUACCUGUUAGUAAAUUGAUGAAUAAAUAUAAUUGAUAUUAAAAUUGUUGUUUUCUGUCCAAUAUCAAUGUAGCUGAGCGAUAAUAAAUCAGCUCAUAUUUGUUCAGCCUAUUGAUAUGAAACUGGUUACAUCAUUCUUCAUAUGCGGUGGUGCGCAUUAAGCCUGUGCGGUAACCGAAUGAUUGUGGCUUGCGUUCAAAUAAAAAAUUGUCCCAUCAGCACAGGUGACUGAGGUCCACCCAAGGUCACAUUUUAAAUACUUUAUUGGAAUCAACAACAAAGAACAUUUGUACCAAAAGUGUCAGAUCUUUAGUACUGACGGCAGUAACAACGGGUAUGCUUAAGGUAUGUACAGUAUGUAUGACUCAUGGAAUCUGGCUCUGUAAACACAUCAGACAAGCCUCAGCUGUAAAGAUAGACUCAGCUAAAUGAUGUGGCCGCGUGCAGCACCGCAGAUAUCAAAUGUUAUUGGUCACAUACACAUGGUGAGCAGAUGUUAUUGGUCACAUGCACAUGGUUAGCAGGUGUUAAUGCGAGUGUAGCGAAACGCUUGUGCUUCUAGUUCCGACCAUGCAGUAAUAUCUAACAAAGAUAUUAAGAUAGGCAAGAUGCAAGACUUUGCUCUAACAGUCACACACAGUAUCUGCGCACAGGUUUGCUUCACGCUGUUCACAGCUGGGUAGCCAGGGCACCAAAACAGCAGAGAAGUUGAGCCUCGCUCUUCAACACUCUUAGUUGUGGCGGAAAUUGACCCAUUAUGCUGUUUACUUUCUGCAUCUAUAUCAUAUCGCUGAGUCUACCUUUAAGAUGU